CCAUAAUCCAUUGGUUCCGUAAACAAAUCCCCGACGUCUGGAAAUGACAGGUCAAACUAUCUAACUGGCACCUUCCGCCUGGGAUCUGUCGGUUUAUCGAAAGCGUUUGAAAAUAACGUUGAAGUUGAUAUUUAUCAUUGCAUUCGGUGUCAUCGGUGCUGAAUUUGAAUUGUUGCUCGCCGAGACAUUUACUAAUACCAGUUAGCUUGUAGCCUAGCUAGCUUGGCAGUACAAAAAGUAACUCUUUCUGUAACAAAGUAGACUAAUAAACGUGAAUAUUUGAAUAAUGUCUGGACCGAAUGGAGAUCCAAAUAUCUCUAUCGACGAUGGUAUUAUAAACGACGAGGAUGAAUUCGGCGAUGAAGAGUACGUUGCCAUCAACUCUAUGCUAGAUCAGAUCAACUCUUAUCUUGAUGACCUGGAGGAGCGCAAUGAUGCACUCAAUGGCAAACUGCAUGAACUAAUGGAGUCCAAUCGGCAAGCCAGGCUGGAGUUCAGGGCCCAGCUGCUCGGCUCCCAAACCCAGGAGGAACAGCAUUCUGCAGAUGGGGACUCCUCAUCUAGCAAGAAGGACCUGAACGAGGACAGUGGAGGCUCGCAUAUGAGUGACAAAAGCGGGUAGACGAAGGGGACUGAGUUCAGCAAAAUGCAAGGAUAGAAAAUAUUUAUGAAAGUUGACUCAACUUCUGACCUCCCAUUUUUUGGACUAGUGACCCCUGAUCUGCAUAGUCCAUGCCUGCCUGAUUCUUCUGUGAAUUUACACCCUCAUCAGCAGACGUGUAUACGAUUGUGAUAUUUUGCAUCUCUUCUAUCACUGAACUCAAUGCAAUUUUCCUGUUGUUGGACUGUGGUGUGCUGAUGUUCUUCAGCUUCUCAUACAAGUCAGACAUCACAGUUAGUUUGUACUCUGUUGCAGACUUAACUGAAUCUUAAGUCAGAUGUGUAGCUGUGUAAAAAGCUGUGUCCUUUUGUGCAGAGCUUUGUUCCGGUUCAUGUGAAAUAUCAUUAAAACAAUUACUAAAGCUGGAAACAUAUCAGUUUUUUUUAAAUUAAUAAAAAAGGUGUGGAAUCAGUGCUCAAACUACAGGAUUGUGCUCAGAUUCCUGACUUAAAACCAUAUGUACAGCCAUAUGUUGUAUAGAUCAGUAUGAACCUUCCACAUGCUUAUAAGUCAGUCCUCAUGACGAGUCAGUAGUGUGUCUGGCUUUGGAGAAAGCA